CCCUGCCCAUCCUGGCUAAUAGCCAUUGAUGGAAUAAGGGAGAUCGUUAAAAUGAAAGCCCCAUUCAUGCUUUUGCCCCUUUAGGCCAAGUGGUUCACCAGGACUUGCAGGGCUGUUUGCACUGGGAGGAGAAAUCAAAGGUACAAGACAGGUCUGGGCUAGGUGUGAUCUUGUCUAGUUACACAGAGCGCACAUACUGUCCUGAUUUGCUGAACACAGCAGAAACAAACAGCCGCAGGCAAUUUCCUUGAUCUGAAAUCUCCACAGCUGCUCCUCCAGUGCGCUCUGUGCCCAUGAAGCUCUGUCUCUCUGCUUCCUCUAAGGGCUGGUCUACACUAGAGUUAGGUCGACCUAAUUACAUCCUGUGCGAUGUAAUCAAGCCGACCAAAGUCCCAGUGUGGACACAGCCAGGUCGACAGAAGAGCUAAUGAGCCUGAGGCGAGGGCAGGGGGUAUUCCAAGGGUCACAGGAAGGGAGGAAAAUGCCCCUUCUUUCUUUCAAGACCCUUAUUGUGGCCCAGUCUCCUCACACAGACACCCUGUGUCUCUCUUCUGGAAGCUCUAGGAAGAGACUCCUGCUCUAUAUCAGAGGUGGUGUGGAGAGCAGCAGGCUUGAGGGGUCUGGGGUUAUUGCUCCCUUCCCUGUCGACUUGCUGAUAUCUGCAAGGCAGGCUGAGCAGUGCACUGCAGUUGCAACAGCACUAGCAGACGCUGAAGAGCUUCCCAAGAUACCUGAAGAGGAUAUGGAAGCACUGAAGGCUGCUGUUUGGAAAGGAAACCUCACCGAAGCAGCUGCUAAAGCGAAAGAGGCUCUGGUGAGGGCUGAUAAAAUCCCUCUCAACAUUGCUGUCACGGGGGUGGCGGGCUCUGGAAAAUCGUCCUUUGUCAAUGCCAUCCGGGGCUUAGGGGAUACAGAUUAUAGUUCUGCUGCAAUAGGGAUCACUGAAACGACAAUGGAGUCCACUGCUUACCCACAUCCUAGAUACCCAGAUGUAAUAUUCUGUGAUCUGCCAGGGAUCGGGACCCCAGCGUUUAAAUCAGACACGUACCUCGAGCAGGUGACGUUCAGCCACUACGACUUUUUCAUCAUCAUCUCCAGCCCCCGCUUGACAUGCCACGACAUUAGCCUCGCCCAGGAGAUCCAGAGACUAGGGAAGAAGUUUUACUUUGUGCACUCCAAGGUGGAUCUGGAUUUGACAAAUGAAAAACAAAAUGGUGACAAGGAGGGAACCCUGAAGUGGAGAAAUGCUCCCGCAAACAGGCCACAUCACUACAGCGAGAGUGCGAUCCUCAAGGCCAUCAGAGAGAAGUGCAUCAAAGACCUGAAAGAAGCAGGGGUGGCCUCCACACAGGUUUUUCUUAUAUCUAAAUGGGACUUGGGCAAGUACGAUUUUCCCAAAUUGCAGAAAGUGCUAGUGGAUGAGCUCCCCAGUCACAAGAGACAUGCUUGUCUACAAUCCCUGUCCAACAUUGUUAAAGAAACUUUGAAGAAGAAAAAAGAACAACUGCAAACGCAGAUAUGGUUGAAAAGUCUGGCGUCAUGUGGAGUCGCUGCUAUUCCUAUCCCAGGUCUCUCCAUUGUUUGUGAUGUUGCCAUGCUGAUGACGUCCCUGAAAGAGUACUGCAGAAAUUUCGGCCUUGAUGAAAACUCUCUCGCUGCACUAGCUAGACAGGCUAACAAGCCCAUUGCAGAGCUGAAGGCCGUUAUAAAGUCCCCACUGCGUGAGGAAAUAACAAAAGAUCUUGUAAUUGAGAUACUGACCAAGUUCGCAACUGGGGCAGUGCAAUAUACUACACUUUUUUUAAAAUUUAUACCCGUGGCAGGUGCUGUGGUAGGUUCUGUGGCAGCUGCAGCAGUUGCUCUCCCUACCACAAAGAUCAUGCUGCAGAAUUUCCUGGAUGAUGUUGCUGCUGACGUUGCACGAGUUCUGGAGGUGGUUAUGGAGGGAGAAGUGUCAAACUUAGAGAGAAAGCACAAAAACAUCUGCACCCCCUGAAAGGAAGAAACAUCAGCUCGUGACUGAAAGGAUCAAAGUAAAGACCCUGUCCUGGCUGGAGCUCGGAGCUCAAAGUCUCAUAAAAUUGCUGCCUUUCUGCAUCAGGUGGGAAACUUCACCAGAACUGAGCUCUGAGCCCCAUUUCCACUGAGGUCUCCCACCCACCAUGAUAUAUUGAAUUUAAUUCAGCCAUAAAAGGGGGGGGGAAUCCUGACUGACCCUGUUCUUUGCUUUGUCUUCAUUUCCCCAGCAAAAGAGGCCAAGUUGUGAUAAAGCUCCACAGGGUCCCCAGUGCCUCACGCUCUCUGCAGGGAGCUCAGGGAAUGGUUAUUUCAGGCCCCAGCCGAGAGCAGGGCCAUGGCAGAGCCCAUCGAACUCUUCACUGGGAAAUGACAGGGAGCGACACCAACAAUGACUCGUUCUAGCCACAGAUUUUCCAUUUCUUGUUCCCAUUUCCCUGAAAUUGCAGCCUGGGCAGGCACCAUAUUGGGCAUGUGAGUAAAUUCACUCAAACACAAUCGUAAAACCCCAAAAUCCUGACAUGACUUGGGUGACAACCCCUGGUGCCAACUCCUCCCUUAUCAGUGCAGGGCCCAAGGCAAAUGAAACAGGCUUUUGAGCACAGACGCUUUCGCACUUUCCCCCAGGCUGCCCCUGUCCAGGGAGGAGCUGCCUGUAACCUCCCACAGAGCCCUCGGACUGACCUCCUGCAAACGCCUCCUUCAGCCUCACCCAGGCCACGGACCCUCCGAAUCCCUCGACAAUGGCCCGCAGCUGGAGCUCUGGGAGCACUGUUCAUUGCGUUAUCCCAACCAUCUCCCUGCUCCGUUGUGCUUCCCUGUCUGUCUGGAGCACCCGCCUGCUGGGUCUAGUCUUCGAUUGUCGCUCCCAGGGCUAGGGUCCAUCCUUUUGUUCCGUGUCUGUACAGUACCUAGCACAACAGGGCCAUCUCCUGACAGGGGUCCUAGGUUCUCCUGUGAGACAAGAAUAGGUUCAAAAUGCUUAAACUGAUCAUUGUAAUUCAGUCUCUAUGCUCAUAGGUUUAACCAGCCCCUUAGGCAAAGGUAGAUUUGUCCAGGGAAGCACCUGUGUCUGGCUGUGCUAUUAAUCCUGUGAAUGGCCCUAGAUUUAAAUGGAGAAGGCUCAAGAUGUGUCUGGCUGAUAAACCCAAAUUGGAUGCUUGACAAUUACCUGGCUGAGUGUGGCUGUCACUUGUACUCUGGGCUGUGUCCCCAUUCACGGCUGGUGAGUUUGUGCGGAGAGAGGCACUAGUGUUUGAUGCUGAGUUUAUGUACAUCAUUUGCUCCCCGAUUUGCUGUUCUCAGUGGGAGCCUAUUCUGUAGUUUAUUAUAAGAGCCGAUGAUUGAACAAUUCAUUUGAGCCAUUGAAGACUCGGAUACAUUGCAGCUGGUCUGACCAUAUGUAUAGCCAGUGCCUCAGCCUCUGCCUUCCCUCAAUAACCCAUUGAUUUGUUGCUUUUGUUUUCAUAAUGAUUAGCGGUCUGGUUCUGUCACACCCCAGAACAGGUCCCUCUUGUCUUGUAGAAAUGAUUUAAUAUUUCAAUUAAAAUAAACUUGCAUUUAAUCUGGAC